CGCUUUCGACUCGCGAGUCUUCUGCUUCAGCUUCAUCCGCACCACCCACCACCACUGCCAGUUCUACCUCGUCGACCAUGACCGACGCGCUCGCACGCGUCCCUCUGCUCGGCAACGACCGCGUCGAGCAGGCCGACUUGACCAUCACGUCGCUCGCCCAGGCCUACGGCGCCCUCCAGGCCGGCAAGAUGCCGACCUCGGACCAGCUCGUGCAGGGCAUCCGCAAGGUCCUCUCGUCGUCGCUCCUCCAGCCCGACAUUGCGGGCAUGGCGGCCAAGAAGGUCGGCGGCGGCAAGCUGUCGAACCGCGGCCGCAACGUCGUCGUCGCCGAGCGCCGCGUCCUCGAGGCCAUCGCCCGCCUCGUCCUCGAGAAGAACGGCGACGACACGCUCCAGCAGUUCAUCUGGGAGGCCCGCCACGCCGACCUCGAGCACGUCGACGUCGACGCCGACCUCCACGUCGAGCUGCCGCACGUCCCCGUCCCCUCGGCGGGCGAGGUCAAGGACGCCGGCAAGAGCCUCCACGAGCUCGUGUCGCUCCUCCUCACGUCGAGCGAGCUCCGCAACCUCCUCGCCGACUCGCUCAACCUGUUCCGCGACCUGUUCGCCGACGCCCUCGACGAGGCCGCCCAGGCCCAGAUCAAGACGAUGCGCGCCUCGAAGAAGGCCGCGCGCCGCAUCCGCCCCUCGAGCGAGCAGCGCGAGCAGCACAAGACGGGACUCGAGGCCGACCACUGGGAGGACGUGCUCGGCAACGCCCAGGACGUGCGCAAGAGCAUCCGUCGCGGUUACGAGGACAAGCGCGACGACAUGCUCCGCCACGGCGUCAAGAAGGGUCGUGCGCUCAAGGAGUACGUCGAGGAGAAGCUGCCGACCGACACCAAAGACGCCGUCAUCGAGCGCUGGCGCGCCAUCGUCGACGAGAUCCAGUCCAAGCCCGAGUACCAGGACGCCGUCAACACGCUGAGCGGCCUCGGCCGCAAGUACUUCAACCUCGCCAAGGACGAGCUCAAGCGCGCCGCCGAGCAGUCGUCGGCCAAGCUCAAGGACGUCGACGCCGAGGUCAACGACGAGGCCAAGGACGCCGUCUCGCUGUUCCGCCACCUCGUCGAGCAGUUCACGGGCCCGAUCGACGGCGCGCUCCAGGCCGCCGACCAGCUCCACACGGACGUCAAGGGCGACGACCGCAUCCAGGCCAUCUGGGACGACUUUGAGCAGCUGUUCGACCGCGCCCUCAACGACCCGGGCUACAUCACGAGCAACAAGGCGUCGCGCAAGUUCGAGACCAUCUACGACCGCGCGCGCGACGUCGUCGAGUCGAACGCCGACUGGAAGCGCGACGCCAACGCGUUCGUGUCCGAGAUGCAGAAGCUCCUCGACCACGCCGCCAACGACCGCGCCCUCAUCGCCGUCGGCGACGCGUUCGAGGACCUCGGCGACGCCUUUGCCGAGUUCGGCAAGACCGGCUACAACCUCAUCGGCGUCGACGGCGGCGACCUGUGGAAGGACGUCUCGACCGUCUUCCUCCCGCGCAUCCUCGGCACGCUCAAGAAGAUCCCGCUCCCGCGUGUCGAGUUCUCGUCCGAGGACUUUGACCUCGUCGUCGACAACAUCUCGUUCUCGGCCGCCUCGUUCAUCCCCGACGCCGCUCACUUCAAGAGCAACGUCGAGUUCCACACCAAGAAGGGCUACGCCGCGUACUCGUCCGAGUUCGUCACCAAGACGACGCUCGCGUUCGCCGGCCUGCGCCUCCAGGCGACCGACAUCUCGUACUACGCGCACAAGAAGACGGGCUGGAUCGGCCUCGAGGACGCCGGCCUGCUCGACAUCUUCAUCGGCUCGGCGCACGACGACAAGGCGCAGGACGGCCUCGACGUCACGCUCGUCCUCAGCAACGCGACCGAGUCGGACCGCGAGUCGUUCUUCAAGCUCGACAAGGUCGACGUGCACCUCGAGAACUUCGACAUCAACAUCCGCCAGAGCUCGAACCCGAUCCGCUCGUGGCUCGCAAAGAGCGCGCUCCGUGGCUACAUCGAGGCCAAGGUCAAGGAGGUCAUCGAGGAGCAGGUCUCGGCGGCGUUCAAGGCGCUCGACAAGCAGCUGUACCUCCUCCACUACAAGUCGCUCGGCGCCGCCGGCGCCGCGCCCAACCCGCUCGCCUACUUCAAGGGCCUCCUCAACACGGGCUCGUCGGCGACGCCCUUCUACGGCGAGGUCACCGAGGCCGGCAUCCGCAAGGUCGGCCCCAAGGGCGAGUGGGUCCUGCAGAUCGGCAUUGAGGACGAGCUCAUCCCGGGCGCGCGCACCCGUCUCGGCCGCAAGGGCGAGGACAUCGUCGGCCGCAAGCGCUCGACCGAGGCGCUCCUCGAGGAGGGCCGCCAGGAGCUCAUCGGCGCCGUCACCGACACGACCGGCACCGACUCGCUCUCCCAGGCGUACGACGAGACGGCCAACAACCUCGACGAGGCUGUCGACUCGGAGCGUCGCAAGGCGCUCAAGGUCGCCAAGCGCCGUGCGCGCGAGGAGGCUCGUCGCGAGGGCUGGCGUUCCGAGGCGUUCGACCUCUGAGCGACCUCGCUCACGUUGUCGUCGUCGUCGACGGU